AUGGAAACAACAGAAGGUGCUGAACUGUGCUUUCCACUUCUCCUCAACAGUUCCUGCAGGAAGCCUCAGUCUGACGGCACGCUGGUCAACGUUCUGCUGUACUUUAUCUCUCUGCUCAUAGUAACUCUCAACCUGCUGGUCAUCAUCUCCAUCUCCCACUUCAGGCAGCUCCACAGCCCCACCAACCUUCUCAUCCUCUCCCUGGCUGUUUCAGAUUUGCUGGUGGGCCUCCUCCUGAUGCCGGUUCAAAUCCUUUUAUCUGAAGCUUGCUGGUAUCUGGGUGACUUCAUGUGUGCUCUGUAUUUUGUUGUUAACUUUGUCAUUACUUCUUCUUCAGUUGGAAAUAUGGUUCUUAUAUCAAUUUAUCGUUAUUUGGCUAUUUGUGAUCCUCUAAAUUAUAAUACCAGAGUUAAUCUGGACAAAACUAAAAUCUGUGUUUGUUUGUGUUGGAUUUCUUCUUUUUUCUAUAAUAUUCUCCUUUUGUUGAACUUUAUGAAACACCCUGAUGUGAAUUAUUCCUGCUAUGGAGAGUGUGUAGUUGUUCUUAACCAUAAUACAGGAUCUAUUGACCUUGUCUUCACCUUUAUUGGCCCCAUUACCCUCAUCAUAGUUCUGUAUUUGAGGAUAUUCAUGGUGGCUCUGUCUCAGGCUCGAGCCAUGCGGUCCCACAUCGAAUCGUUCACACUCCGGCCUAAAGUGGGAAUAACUGCCAGGAAAUCUGAGAUGAAAGCAACGAGGACUCUCAGUGUUGUUGUUGUUGUGUUUCUGAUAUGCUUCUGUCCAUAUUAUUCUCCAUCCCUUACAGGUGAGGUUAUUGAAAACAGUAAUUUAUUUUUACCCUUUGUUGUCUGGCUGCUGUAUUUCAACUCAUGCCUUAACCCAGUGAUCUAUGCGUUCUUUUACCCCUGGUUUAGAAAGUCUGUUAAACUCAUAGUCACCCUUAAGAUAAUGCAGGUGGGCUCCUGUGAUGCGAAUAUACUGUAG